AUGGCUUAUGAAAUGAAAGAUAUCUUAUCCCAUCUCUCGCGACGAGGUUUAUUCUUAAUUGGAACGAAUGAAGACAAAUUGGGUCCUCUUGGCAUACUACUAAUGAGAAAUCUUUACCAAGAAUGGCGAAAAUCCAUUUCUAUUAUUCGUGGUAAAGCUUGCAACGUCUUGGAAAUUCAGCCGACUACACUCGAUAAAGGUCUAAACGAUAACAUAAAAUCGUUGUCUGAUAGCUCGAACAGCCUACUGCACUUUUGGAACUUGGAUAGGGAUGGUUUAACAUCAAGACAAAAUUCUAUCAAAAUGAUGAAUCCUGCGCUGCCUUUUGUACUAAUUCGACAGAUUAAUAGCGUAUCUGGCGGUGAAAGUUUCAAAGCCUUUUUAAGAUUUUACUGCUCACCUAAAGAAUCACAGUUAUGGUAUCAUACUUGGAAGAAGGAAAGAGCAACUUGGUGGAGAAAAUUAUCUAUUAAUAGACCUGGGCGUUUUGUCCUGGAAGAGGACAGCUUUGAUGAUAGUAAGACUUACGAUAGAGCAAGAAUAGUGCUAUCGUACAAUAAUUAUAAGGAAACUGUUGAAGAUAUUUCAUAUUGUAAAGAUAGCAAUGAAAUUGAGAAAAAUAUAUGUAAUAGUAAUAAUUUUCAUUCAAUCACAUGUUCGUCGUACAUGACUCAAGGAGUAUUGGCUUACCUUAUCGAUUCAUAUCACUGCAGGCAGUUAAUGCAUGCUAAUGGUGCCAGUAAAGAUGGCUUUAAGUCACUAAAGUUACAUCCGCGACUAUCUCCGAUUAAAGCAGCUAUCAUUCACCCCAAUACGGACAGGAUUCACUUUGUAGAGCUUGCGGAAUAUUUAGCUAAGAAAUUAAAUAGCGCUGAAAUAGUUACUUGGAUAGAAAGUGCUAAAUGUUUAGAGGAAUGUUACAAAAAUCACGAUGAAAUGGGAACUCUCUUCUGCAUUGUCAUAGACGAUAAUACUGUUAAAUAUGGCGAUGUAAAACUGCGACAUCGAGAUACAGGCCUAUUGGAGCAAAUUCAUCUAAUGGAUGUUAAGCUAUGCAUAGAGAGGGACCUGCAAAAUUCGUACGAAGAUAACCUCCCACCAGAUCUACAGCGACGAUUGUUCCUAUUCUAUGAUGAGAAAAAUGAGAUGAAUGUAAAAAUUUGUUGUUCUCCUGUCCAUGCAAUGAUACGAUCGAUGCCUGCUGUAGCCUGUGUUGCUACGUACUUAUUUAUCGUGUUGCAGGCAAAGUAG